AUGUUUCUGCCCUUCGCGACGCCGGCCUCGUUUUGGGCUGAUUCAGCUGUGCCAGCGUCAGCGCGACAAGCUCCACGAAGGGCUGCCUUAGAAGCUCCUCCAACACAGCGGUCCGUUCUUGAUGAGACAUCUUGUUCCAGGUCAUUCGACCGGACUUGGUUGGUGCUGCCAGUGGCCUGUGGCUUGCGUGCAGGCCAGAGGUGGAGGCGAGCUGCAAAAUGCCGAAGGCACCGUUUAGCUCUCCGAGCUGCAACCGCUGAGUCCAUGGCACCGGUCAUGUCUCAGUGGUGUCCAUUGCUUGCAGAGGCCACCGAGGUCCGAGAAAGCCGAGUGGGCGACGGACUUGGGCUUUUCGCAACCAGAUCGUUUGAUGAAGGCGAUGUAAUCUGUGAGUUGACUUUCGACAACACUACCAUCAUGAAGCCAAACUCAGACAUUUCCAACAAGCUUGAGUCUGGCGACUUUGGAGCACUUGCCUUUCAGAUUCUGAAAGCCAGUCGUUCAGCGCAGUCUGGCCCAUGGAAGGACUGGUUUGAGACAGGAGUCAGUGCUCCAGACACACAUCCGUUGAAGCUGCUCCUGAAUGACCCACAGCUGGCCAAGUACAUUUGGAGUUCUACCACUUGCGGGGGGCAGAUGUCUGGCAUGGCACUUCAGGCCAGAGAUGACUUGGAGCAGCUGCAGGGGAGCGCCACAUUCGAGGAUUGGACAGAUACUUUGGCACUGGUCAUGUCCAGAUCAGUGAUUGAAGAUAGAGACGAGAGGCCUUUGCUAAUUAUUGGAUUAGACCUCCUACAGGCGGCAGAAGACCCAGUAAUAAAGCUGGAGCUGAACUAUGGGAAGGAAGGUGCUGUCAUGGGCCUGGGUGGCCAGGGCCCAGAGAAGCUUUUGGGAAUCAAAGUGAAGGCUGUGGAAGAUAUUGAGGCAGGGAUGGAGUUGACGAUGGCUUACUUGGCAAAGCCUCAUGCUGGUGGCUACUUGGAGCGGUAUGGCUUUGUGCCGAACUGGCUGAGAGGAGAGCUGGCAGAGUCUGCCAUGCAGCUUUCCAUUUCUCCCGUGGACGACGAGGACGAUUUUCUGGGAGUCAAGGAGAGCUGCCUGGAGGACUUAGGCUUGACCACAGCUCCACUCAGCUUCACCUUCAGCCUUUCCGACGGAAUCUUAGCGCCGCGAGAGACCGAUGAGUGGGAACGGAAAUCCGAGCUGGAAAAGAUGGUGCAAGUUCUGCGUUUCCAAACUUGCGGUGGAACGGAUUCUUUUUUGCUGGAUGCUGUAUACGUCGAACGCUUCUGGUACAACUGCAACUUCCGUCUCUCCAGGAACAAUGAGAUCCUGGUCUGCCAACAAGCCAUGGCUGAGUGCGACAGAUGGUUAGAUCGAUUUGAUGCUUUGGAGGUGUCUCGUGGUAUGAAGAAACCACGGAAGAUAGCAGCCAUGGCAGUCUUCGGAGCAUGUGUUGUGAGAGGAGUAUGGCACCAGGUGCAGGAGUACCGAAGGACUGCAGACCUCAUGGCAGCCUUUGAUGCUGGACAAGACCAGCAUCUUUCAUCUAAGGAGCUAGCAUCACUCCUUCAAGCAAAUGGUGUGGACGUGAACCAGGACCAAGUGGGCCGGAUGUUUGGUCGAGUCGAUGAUGAGGGGGAUGGCUUUGAUGAUGUUGAGCUGACCCGGAUUUUGAGCAUCGUAUCCGGGCUGCCAGCUGUGUCGGAGCGCAUCAAACAAGCAGCACAGGCCGGAAACAGCUGGCUCUUUGAUUUGGUCCUUUGCACUGUUACUGGGAUUGGAUUAUACUACAUUGUUGGGCAGUCCGACGUCUUGGAAAAGCGCUGGCUGCAAAGCUCCUUUCGUGGAGCGGUGCAGUUCCAUCGCAUGCAGUCGAAAUGUUCCAAACUGGAUAAACAGCUGGGCGACCUCUCUGAUGAGCGGUCCAGACUGGAAAAAAACAUCAGAGAGAUCGAGGCUUCCUCUCCAUCAACGUCUGAAGACCGCUCUUCGGAGCUGAGCAGACUAUCCACGCGAUUAGAAGAGGUGACCGAGCAGCAGCGAGCUGCCACUGAUCAGCUACAAGCCGAAGUCUCCAAGUGGCAAAAUGCAGCCGAAGAGGCGAUGAAGCAGGCAAACAAUGUCAAGUCGAAGAUGGCCAGUAUGAUGACUUGCAUCAAGGGUUUGGAUGCUUUUAGCGGCUCUGGCACCAAGCGCUUUGUCGAGGAUGGUGCCCAGCAAGGCUUCUGCCACAGAAGCAAUGUAGGUUUCUGCCUUGAUACAAUCACUUUCGGCACCAUUGAGGAGGGCAAGCUGUUGUUGUUCGAGACUUCCACAAGGCAUAAGAUUGGUGAAGGACGAGAUUGUGCAUACCGCUGCAAGGAGCUUGAAACUGGAGAGGAAUUUGCGUUGAAGAUGUAUACCAUGAGCAACCCGAGCCAGAGGAGGUCCAUUAUGCACGAUUUGUAUGCUCAGAGACUUUUGCUUGGAAAGCAUCCACGGAUUGUGAGCUACAAGCGUGUCAUUGAAUCAGAAACGAACAUCUUCGUGCUGAUGGAACUUUUGGCCGGAAGGGAUCUGUUUGAUGUUGUUUGUGCUCGCUCUCUCACAGAGGAGCAAGCUCAGCCGUUGUUUCUCGGUUUGGUUGAAGGCUUGCAGCAUUUACACAGUAACAAGGUGAUCCAUUGCGAUGUGAAACCAGAGAACGCCAUGGUUUUGGGUGACAUUGACGCUGGAACGGCGCAUUUGAAACUCAUUGACUUCGGAUGUUCCUGUUUCCACGAGUUCGUGAAGGAGAGCGAGACGCGCGCGUGUGUGGUUUAUGACAGGUACAUGCCCCCAGAGCUCGCAGUUUCGCCUGGUUUGGCGCCAAGUGUGGCCACCGAUAUGUGGCGCUUGGGUUGCACCCUCUAUGUGAUGCUUGUGCGAAGCCCGCCCUUCCAUGACGAUGCUCAGACGAGGUCUGGCAUUGAGCUCCGAGAGCAAGGUAGAUUCUACAAAACUGCAGCGUACGAGGCGCUGUCAGAUGAAGCGAAGGACUUGCUGGUGAAGCUCUUGGCUGGUGACCCCAAUGAGAGACCGGAUGCUACAUCUGUCUUGGCUACUGGAACCUCUCCUGAUAGCCCUUUAGCGCGGGCUGCAGAUGACAUUCGGCGUGCUGAGAGGGACCUCCUGCAGUCUGUGAAAUUGGUUUUUGAACAGGAAUUGGAUUUGAUUCAAAUUGAUGACACGAUUCGGUACUGGGCUGACAGAGCGAUGGAUGAAGCCUUCCCUGAUAGGAUGUCCAAGAAUGUUCAGGGAUACUGA